AUGACUUUGGUGUUGGGUGAGUGGGACGACAUUCUUCAAGCGGGAGCUCCUUUCUCCAUCGCCUGGCACCUCCAAGCCUACCGGAAUUCCUCGCCGAGCAACAAUUAUCUCUCAAGAGGUACAAAGUUCAGGUGGGUUACAUCAAUGGUGAGACAACUUAAGACGCUUAGGAAGAUGACCUUGGUGGCUACCAGUUCCGCUUGCAGACAAGGCCUGGCACUAUGUCGUAGUGGGAGGCAGAACUUCCACACGUCCUAUAAGUCCAACUACUCCAAGGAACCGGAUCCAUAUGAAAGAUGUUAUGGCUGUUCCCAUGGAGACGCGUCGUCUGUGAUCAGUGAUCUGUCAUCUUAA